UGCGCAUUACAUUUGCGUUUUCAUCGAAAUGGAAAAAAAAAUUUCCAAUUGAAAAAAGUUAUGAUGCAAGGAAUCUUAUGUUUUUUAUGGCUAUGGAAGCUUUAAUUUUCGUUCAUGUAUUGUUUCACCAAUACUGCCAACCACCACAGAUUGCCUCUUGAGGAAUUGCAUGCGCAUCUAGUUAUUCCUACCAAUACUUCCAUCUACAUUACAACGUGACGAGUUGGAGUGUUCCAGAUUUCCGAUAACCUUUAUUCGUUUGAUAACCAGUUGUCUCGCUACCACUCGUAGAAAUGUCAGCUUCAAGUGAUCAAGUUUAUUAUUCGGUUGACCAAUUUGGUAUAAGUAAAAGAGAUUUAGAGACAAUUUGGCAAACAUAUUUUAGAUCCCAUCACGCUGUGCAAGUACAUGGACGAGUACGUUCUUUUGCAAAGGACCGUGUCGGAUAUCUUGGAGAUCACUUCAUGUUGGUGUUGGAAUCCAGUGAAUGUUCCGAGUCCUCAGUAGAACUAUUCCUCAAAGUAUUACCAUCAGGCAUUCCUGCCCUUACUGAUUAUCUGCAUUCGAUAGGAACUGCUCGUAAGGAGUCCAAUAUGUACCGUGAAUUACUUCCAAAAAUGGGACAAUUUUCCCGUUUUGCUCCACAAUGUUUCCUUGCAUUAGAACCAGCUGGACAACUGUUAGUAUUGGAGAAUCUACACGUUCAAGGUUUCCGAAACAUUCCCAACGAAUCAGCUGGCAUUUUCGAUAAGGAACAUUUAAAAUGCGCAUUGGUUGCCCUGGCCAAAUAUCAUUCUGCUUCGUUGCUUUUAGAGAAGGAAACUGGCGAAAGUUUAAUAGUUCUUGCCCCAGGAGUGUUGGAAGAAAACGCUUGGGUUCGAAAAGAAAAUAAUCCAAGAGUGAAAGAACUAGACAAUGCAAUAGAUGUUUUACUUGCAAUGGUACGAAUGAUUGAAAAAGAUAAUCCACAACUAAUAGCGAUUCUGGAGAAACUACCAAAGUUUAUGCAACAAAUCUACGAACUCGUAAAACCAUCCAGCGUAUACAGGAAUGUUGCUUGCCACGGUGAUCUUUGGUCCAAUAAUAUGAUGUUCCGAUAUACUGCCGUUGAUGGACGGUCGAUACCGCUGGAGUGUUUGAUAAUAGACUAUCAGUUCACACGGUACGCUCCUCCUGCAUACGAUUUAAAUAUGCUCAUCACCCUGACAACAACUGGCCACUUUCGACGGAUUCAUCGCGAGGAGCUGAUUCGGUUCUACUACCAACGAGUGCUAGAGGAGCUGAAAUGCCAUCAUUUGGAUUGCGAUUUACCUGGCGAACUAAACGAGGAAUCGUUUUACAAAUCUUGUGAAACGUAUAAAAUAUCCGGCUUAAUUGACAAUUUUCUAAUGAACCACGUUACGCUGCUUCCGCGAGACUAUGUAAAUAAGAUAUUUUCUUCUGCUGAAUGUUAUAAUAGUUUUAGCGGAGAAUCCAAAAUCAAAAUGUGCUUAGAGGUCUUAGAGAACGAUAAGGUUUAUCGUGAGAGAAUCAUAGGUAUAAUUAGAGAUUUAAUUGAAGUUAUAUAAUUUGAAUUUUUAGUUUGUAAUACCAUUCAUAAGUUUUGCUUUAUUCAAAAACGUUGAACAUAGUGUACUAAUAAAACUUGUAAACAGUAGGGUAGGGUUCUAAUAAAUUACAAAUUCACA